GGGUUUCUAAAAUUUAGUGUAAAAUAUCUAAAAUUGAGUGUCAGGUUUGAAAUGUCAGCCAGGCAACUCAGAAGUAUUCAAACACUAACUGACUUCAGAUGCCUGUGAAAUCGGAUGGCUUUAAUAAACUGUUAUUUUGUCAGCCGGCAGAGUGUUUUAGGAUGUCUGGAUGUAAUCAGAGCACGGCAAAUUCUGAGUCAGUUUACAGCUGACUCUACAAUUCACUAUAUAACCAUACAACUGCAAUCUGAGAAACGAUGCACACUAGGCAGACAGCAGCUCGCUCUCGUAUGAGGAUGGAAAGGAGUGUAAGAAUGAAGAAUCUUUUGCUGCUUCUCUUAAUGUAUGCAGCUGUUUCUAAUGCUCUUCCUGCCCACCCCGAGAAAGACAACAAAGAGGAUGCAAAGCUUGUAGAGGAUUACUUAAGUAAAUUCUAUACCACUGAGGCAGACCCGAAUCAGCGUGGAUGGAAAAUAAAUGCUGAUUUUACCGCUGAGAAACUCCAAAAAAUGCAAAGAUUUUUUGGUUUGAAAGUGACAGGAAAACCAGACACCGAGACAUUAGAAAUGAUGAAGAAACCUAGGUGUGGUGUUCCUGAUGUAGGUCUCUAUGGCGUUACUCUGCCUGGAUGGAAGAAAAACAAUCUGACAUACAGAAUUGUGAACUACACGCCAGAUAUGAGCAAAGAAGAUGUGGAUAAAGCAAUCCAGAAGGCAUUUAAAGUGUGGAGUACUGUCACCCCACUGAUUUUCACUCGCAUCCAAGAGGGAAUAGCAGACAUAAUAAUUGCUUUUGGGACAAAAGCUCAUGGACAUUGCCCUCGCUAUUUUGAUGGCCCCCUUGGUGUUCUCGCUCAUGCCUUCCCACCUGGCAGUGGUUUUGGUGGUGAUGUUCACUUUGAUGAGGACGAAGAUUGGACCACAGGCUCAGAUGGAUUCAAUCUGUUCCUGGUUGCUGCUCACGAGGUUGGCCAUGCGCUGGGUCUCUCCCAUUCCAAUGACCAGAGGGCCUUGAUGUUCCCCAAUUACGCAUAUAUCAGCCCCAGUGAAUUUCCUCUCUCCCCAGAUGACAUAAGUGGCAUUCAGUCUAUUUAUGGUUCUGCAACAAAAACCCCAGGUAAAAGGCCAGCCAUCCCUGCAUCACCUAACGCCUGUGGCCCCCAGAUAUCUUUUGAUGCUGUAACUACACUCCGACGAGAAGUCAUAUUUCUAAAGGGAAGACACUUAUGGCGAGUCUAUCCUGAUAACUCAGAAGUUGAACUUGAAUUAAUUUCUGCCUUCUGGCCAUCUCUGCCAUCUGGUAUUCAAGCUGCUUAUGAGAACAUGAAAGAUCAGAUCCUGUUUUUCAAAGGGAAUAAUUUCUGGAUUGUCAGUGGAUAUAAGGUACUGCUUGGUUAUCCAAAGAACAUCAACACACUAGGCUUCCCUAAAGGUGUUAAGAAAAUCGACGCAGCUGUUUGUAACAAACAUACAGGGAAGACAGACUUCUUCAUAGGUGACAAGUACUGGAGGUAUGAUGAAAACACCCAGUCCAUGGAGAAGGGUUAUCCUAGGAGGACAGUCGAUGACUUUCCAGGAAUUAGCCAGAGAAUUGAUGCCGUUUUCCAACAUAAAGGAUUAUUCCACUUCUUCCAUGGAUCAAGGCAGUUGAAGUUUGACCCUACUGCUAAAAAAGUCAUCAGCGAAAUAAAGAGUAACAGCUGGUUUAACUGCUAAUACCAUUAAUCUUUCCUAUACACAGCAAAUGAAAAAAAGUUGUUCUAGAUUUCUCUACAGUUGUUCAUUUAUGCACUGUUAUAUGGAAGAAAUAGCUGGACUAGUUUUUGUAUGUCUACUAUUUUAAAGAACCAGCAUUGCAGCUCUAAUUGUAUUUCCAGAGGUCAAGAGAAGAAAAAAAAAAAAGGUAUUUUUUCCCCUGAUUAGGUGCAAAAUGUCCAAUAUAGUUUAUGAUACUGGACAGAGAUGUCAAAUAUUUUGGUAAUAAAUAAUUUUAAGUUUGAUGUAUUUUCGGCUUCAUAAGUUGAGGGCAUUUUGUCUUUCUAAGGGAAAGUGAAA